GGCAGCGGCGGCAGCGGCGUCUCCGUGAGGAGGCGCGCGGGGCCAUGACGUCAGCGUCCACGAAGGUCGGGGAGAUCUUCUCGGAGGCGGGCGCCGCCUUCACGAAGCUCGGGGAGCUGACGAUGCAGCUGCAUCCCGUGGCCGACUCUUCCCCCGCGGGCGCCAAGUGGACGGAGACGGAGAUAGAGAUGCUGAGGGCUGCUGUGAAGCGGUUUGGGGACGAUCUUAAUCACAUCAGCUGUGUCAUCAAGGAACGGACAGUGGCCCAGAUAAAAGCCACCGUGAAGCGCAAGGUGUGUGAAGACUCGGGCAUCCCCCUUCCGGCCGAGUCACCCAAGAAAGGGCCCAAGAAGGUGCCGUCUGGGGUCCUGUCGCCUCCUGCGGCUGUCCCUCCGCCAAGCAGCUCCGGUGUCCCUGAGGCCGGGGGUCCCCCCAUAAAGAAGCAGAAGGCCGAUGUGACGCUCAGCGCCCUGAACGACUCGGACACCAAAAGUGACCUGGUGGACAUUGAACGGCUAGGGGAAACCCCUCCAGCCAAGAAACUCAACUUCGACCAGGCCUGACCUUGGACUCUGGCCCUCUCGUGACCUCUGCCGACCCUCCUCCACUCUCUCGCUGAGCCUUCCGCCUCUGACCCCUCUCACUGUUCACGUGGACCUGUGGAUCGCCGGGGACCCUGAGCAGGCC